UUUAAAUUAAAUUAUUUAAAAUGUUCUGGGGUACUCAAGUCACACAAGGAUAACCAUAUAAAUUAACAGCAGAUGAAGCCACAGUUAUUCAUGUCUCAAAUGUAGUUCUAGCUGAAGGUGAAAGCAAAGUUUAAAUCUAUGCAAAAGUAAAGGGAAAAGAAUUUGUACUUGCCAACCUUGAAAAAAAUAAGGUAUGGUAAUAUAUUAAUAGUUAGUUGGAAUAAGCCUUUUUGGAUUUAUACUUUAGAGUUGAUUAACAAGUUGAAUUUGGAGUCAAAGGAAAAGGAUAAGUUCAUUUAUCAGGGUACAUUGAACCAGAUGAAGAAGAAUUGGUUAUUAUUAUAAUAAUCUAAUUAGAAUGAUGAUUUGGAUUUAGAAGAUGAGGAAAGUGAGGAAGUCGAGGAACAAAAACCAAAGAAACCAGAACCACCUAAAUAAAGUGAAUAAGUAAAGUAAUAAACAAAAGAACAAUAAAAACCAUAAACAUAAACUUAAUAAUAAUAAAAACCAUAAGCAUAAUAAUAAUAAAAACCAUAGGCUUAAUAAUAAUAAAAACCAUAAUCUGAAUAAUAAUAAAAAGCAAAACCUCAAGCUGUUCCUCAGAAACCAUAAUAAUAAUAAUAGCCAAAAAAGGCAGAUGAAGAUUGGAAUGAUGAUGAAGAUGAAGAAGAAGAAGAAGAACUUAUUGAUGAAAGUGAUGUUGAUGAUGAAGACUUAGAAGGAGAAGCUGAUUUAGAUGAUGAUGAAGAAGGUUUAGAUGAUGAUGAAGAUGAACCUUAAUGUAUAAUAUUCAUCUAUUAAAUUUUUAGAAAAUUAAAAAUUUGUAAAAGGUAAUUAAGGAUAACAAGUUAAACCAUAAUAAUAAAAGUAACAAUAGAAACCAUAACACUAACAAUAAUAAAAUAAAUAAUAACAUCAAGGAAACUAAUAAUUUAAAUAAGGAUAGAAACCAUUCUAAUAAUAAUAGUAAAGACAAGGAUAAUAACAUCAUUAAAAUAAAGGAGGUAACUAAAAUUAUUAGAAAAAUUUUAAGAAAAAUAAUAAUUUCAAUAAUAAUAACAAAAACAACUUUAACAAAAAAAAUAACAACAGAGGUGGAUUCAAAGGAGGUAGAUAAUGAGUAUCUAAAUAUAUAUGUACAUUAAAAUUAAAAUAAUAAUG